AUGUGGGAGGUGCUGAGACAAAUUCCGUGGCAGUUACAAAGCGAACUGGCUGCCAAGAUGGAGAGCAGGGAACAAAUGGCCUUGACCUUCUAUAAUCCUAAGGUUCCCAAAAUUAAGGGGAACCGGCACUACCAAAGGCCUACCCUCCCCGUCAACAAAUAUCCGAAUGCCUCAAUGCCACCCCAGAGGCGGCAGCAGCAUGUGAAUCAGGCACACAUCUACAUCCGAACGUUCUGUGGCAGCCUGUGUGGUUUUGGUUUCCUAAUGGUGAUCUGCAUGUCCCCACUGAACUGGGUGAGGUUCCUGGUGACCAAGAAUGGCUUUGAGCUCUACGCAGGACUCUGGAUCACAUGCAACUAUGAGCUGUGCUGGAGCCACACACCCAAACCACCCUAUUACCUUCAAUAUUCCAGGACUUUCUUCCUCAUCUCUAUCUUUUCCAUACUCGUUGCCCUUGGCUGGCUCAUCAGCUCUUACCUGCCUAGAAGAGGAAGUACGACCACCAACUUCGAUCUGAAGGUAUCCAUACUGAGCUUCAUCUCAGGGAUCAUGUCCCUCCUCAACUAUAUAACUUUCAGAUUUCCUCCCCUUGAUCAAAAUGUCACUGCGAGUCCCACGGAGAAGUCAAGGCUGGGGGUUGGUCCAGUGACCAAAGAAUUACCUGCUGAAGAUGAAGGGUUAAGGUCUGAUAUGGAAGCUCCAACUGAGGAAGAGAAAACAGCCCCUGAAGCAGAACCGUGAUGGUGAUAGGAAAACCCAACUACUGCUUGUUUUAAAAACGGAAGAGAGGCUGAGUUGGAAAUGAUUGUGUAGAUUCUAGGAAACUCUCCUAAUGUCAUGUCCAUGCUAUUGAAGGAGAUAGCAGUAAAGCUAUCUUUUGUGUGCACUGGAUCCAAAAUAUGUAUUAUAGAAAUGUAAAGAAAAUAAAAAAAAUCCACUUAAGAAAAAAAAUUUUUUAAGUUUAUUUAUUUUUGAGAGAGAGAGAAUGAGAGGGGCAGAGAGACAAUCCCAAGCAGGCUCCGCGCCAUCAACAUGGAGCCUGAUGCAGGGCUCGCAAUCACUAACUGUGAGAUCAUGACCUGAGCCAAAGUCAGGCACUUAGCCAACUGAGCCAUCCAGGCUCCCCAAGAAAAAAUUUCUAAGAUAAAACAUCUGUGGUUAGAAUCACAAAUGAAAGAAACUAGCAGUAGGUGCAGUGUGUGGAUUAGAGAUGUCUUUGGGCAUCAGGGAUCUUACAGAGCAGAAUGACCCAUAGAGAAAGAUGUCAUCUAGAGGAAGAUGUCAUCUAGAGAAAGAUAUCAUCUAAUUCUGCUUGAAAAUUUCUUUUCUUUAUUAUAUGUGGCCUAUACUGUUGAAUCUGAAUUGCAGAUCAUUGCCAGCAAUGGAAUAAACAUCAGUAGACAUAAUACUUAUCAUCCAUAGGUACUGAAAGGUGCUGGGGUGGGAGGUGGGUUCUGGGGAAUCCAUGAGGUCCAAUUUCCUAUGAGGACUGGUCAUUUGAAACCUUUACAGUCUAUUAUGUGAACCCACUGCUUCUCCCUAGGCUGAGAGAUAUCUUAACCAGGCCUCCACAAGCUUCUGAAACUGUGCACAAAAUUUGUGGAUGCCCUUUUCUGUGAAAAGAGCCACAGACUCCAUCAGAUUUUUGAUAGGCCUGUGACUCUUUUGAUUCCUGUUACUCAGUUUUGUUUUAAUGAGCCAAAUGAGGCUAAAGGGCUUUCUUCAGCCUAAGUAUAUAGAUGUGGACCAAGUUAAAAGGUUUUACCCUAUAAAACUAAGUAAGGCAAUCACAUAGGUCUUUCAAUGGCUAAAGAUCCCUUUCAAACCCAGACCUCAUUCCAUGCAGAAAGUCCCUGACAUUCAUUUUGUUCUUUAUUCCUUUAGUAGCUGCCACUACUACUCUACUGGUUGAGGUGCAUACUUCUCCCCCAACCUGGCAGUGGAAUGGACUAUAGUGCCCAGCUUGAACCCCUUUCUGCUCUUAAAGAUAAGCUUUUGGGUCCUUUUGGUUUAAUUUAAAGAUUUACUGGUAACUUCUGUAGAAAACAAACAUAACAGCAUGGAGCAAUUAUGUAGGGUUUUUUGGGUUUUUUUUUUUUUGCCUUUUUAAGAUAAUUUUAUUUGAGUGGUUCU